UAGACUAACCCAGGUCAAAGCAGCUAUGAUUGCAAUGUUUUGAACACGAAAUUCUAAUAUUUGUUAUGAAUUAUGGUCAUUUUAAAGCAAAAUGGAUUAGAACAUGAUAUGCGACAGUUCAAUCAAUACACAAAAUUGAAUUUGAAGAUUUUUCAGUGAAGGAAUUCUCUUCUUUAUUUACCUGUUUGGGAUUUUAGUGAAGGUGUGUAAAACUUUGUGUAACAGAGCCCCCAUAAUUAUCAAAGGUGUUUGUAUAUUUAAUUGACGAGAGCUUCAUCAAUUACAGUUAUUGUAAUUAUCGGAUUAAGGCUAAUUAAUGGUUUGAUCUAACGGGCACCUGCUGUGUUAAUUAGGUCGAGCAGUGUUUACAAACCUACACGAUUGUCACAAGUUAAGAAAAUGUGAUUUUCAUUAGAAUCAGUGUUAAUUAAAGAAAUAGAACAUUAACUGUCUCUACAUCUACGAACAACGUUUUCGCCAAGGUAGUCAGUAAAAAUAUUGUUUUUAAAGAAGAAAAUAACAAGGAGUCAAAUGUGGCUUGUUUACGAUUUAUGUUCCGUUCUAAAAGGUCUUCCCACGUGAAGCGCUUGUGGAAAAGUCGGAUCGCACAACAUGAAACCGAGAGUUCGGAUGAAAACAAUCCAGAAGAAUUAGAGAAAAAAUCAGUCACUCAGUCUAUAUUGAAAAGAUUAAAAGAAAAACAAUUAGAAAUGUUAAUUCAAAGUGUUGAAAGCAAGGGCGAAGAACACUCCGGUUGUGUAUUGUUACCUAAAGGAGAUUUACGGCUCGGGAGGAGGUGUGUAGCGCCUCAUAUUUUGUGCCUUCAGAUUUGGAGGUGGUCGGACAUUUCAGGGAGUUCAGAACUUCGGAGAAUGCCUUUCUGUGAAACUGUUGACGAUGAUGUUUACGUGUGCUGUAACCCUUAUCAUUGGAGCCGUAAGUCAGAUGAAUUAGAAUCACCAUUUCUUGGAAGGUCAGCUUUAGAACGGGUACAUAUUACAGAUUUUGACCAAUCAGAAAUGGUAACAGAUGAAGUGGUUUCUACAGAAACAGGAAAUACUCCCACUCCCCAUCAGUUAAAUUAUUCAGAUGAUUCAAUGUCGUCUAACAAUGGUUGUGUUCGAGGACCACAUUGGUGUACUGUGGCGUACUGGGAAUUGCGACAGCGCGUUGGACGUUUGUAUAUGGUGUACGACCCUAAUGUUAAUAUAUUUCAAUCACUACCUCAUGGGGACGGACUGUCCCUAGAAUUACUUCAGAAAGAUGCCGAAACUGAGUCAGUAAAACGAACUCGUGAUAAAAUAGGUAUAGGUGUUGUGUUAAGCCGUGAAGAUGAUGGAGUUUGGCUUUAUAAUCGCUCACAAUUUCCAGUGUUUGUCAACUCGCCUACUUUAGAGAAUAUUCAUUCAAGAACGUUGCCGGUUUUAAAACUAUUACCUGGAUAUUCAAUCAAAAUAUUUGACUAUGAUAGUGUGCGACUGUUAAAACAGUUAACAGACAAACGAUAUCUGGACGGUCCUUUUGACCCAGCGUCUGUCAGGAUAAGUUUUGCUAAAGGCUGGGGACCAAACUACCACAGACAGUUUAUAACUUCAUGUCCGGCUUGGCUGGAAGUUUUAAUGACUAUUGAUAGGUGAUAGUUGUUACUGUAGAGGUCAUAUGUAUUCUUAACAUUCAAUUUAAAAAAUAACUUACACUUUCUUAUUGUGACUGAAUUAUUUGAAAUGUUGGACAAAGGGAGGCAACUCUUGUUGUUUUUGAAUGGUUGAAAGAUUCAACUUGUUUUUGGUUUUUUUGUUUUAAAGUUUUUACUAAAUAUAAAUCUUAAUAUUUUUUAUUGUUUAUUUUUAAAAAAGAAAACUUUUUAAUUCUUUGUUACAAUGUUAGUAUAUAUAUCCUCUGUGAGAGGGUGUAAGUUAUUUUUGGAAUGGAGACUUCCAGAUUAAGUUUAAGACUAUUACAUGGUUAGUUCCAGAGAAAAUAUCAGUAUGUCAAGUCUAUACACGUCUAAAUUUAAUUUAUUUCUCAUAUAAGAAAUGGAUAUAAUGUCACAUAAUAAAAAGGGUUUAUUUCCAUUGUUUAGCCGGUUCACUCAGGGUUGUUGGGCAAACAAAAAAUAUGUGUGUCUACUAUAACCUGCUGAAAAAAUGUAGGGUCGGUAAGUUGGCAAAACUUUUAAAAAUAUUUUUUUAUAUUGAACAGCAAACCCGGAAAUAGCCUGAUCCUUUAUUGCAAUUAUCAAUAUUUCCAGUUAAUGGCCAUUUGUCACAGUUGUUUUUGUCAGUUGGAUAUGUUUUUACUUGGUUUUACACAAUAUUUGUUGAUCAUUUUUGGCAUUUAGCUAGUUAUUUGACAAAGAGUACAUAAUUGUCAACAAAAAUACUAGAGAAAAUAUAAUUUGCCCAAUUUUCAGUGAAAAAAAGUUAGGGUAGGUUCUCAAAAAAUAGAGUAUGUCCUGCUUCUGUAAAAACACAUACUUUUUAUUUUGGCCUUAACCGUUCUACAGUAAACACACAUACUUUUUAUUUUGGCCUUAGCAGUUCUUCUGUAAACACACAUACUUUUUAUUUUGGCCUUAGCUGAUCUACUGUAAACAUACAUACUUUUUUUAUUUUGGCCUUAGCCGUUGUUCUGUAAAAACACAUACUUUUUAUUUUGGCCUUGGGCAUUCUACUGUAAACACAUAAUUUUAAUUUUGGCCUUAGUUGUUCUACUGUAAACACACAUACUUUUUAUUUUAGCCUUAGCUGAUCUACUGUAAACACACAUACUUUUUAUUUUGGCCUUAGCUGAUCUACUGUAAACACACAUACUUUUUAUUUUGGCCUUAACUGAUCUACUGUAAACACACAUACUUUUUAUUUUGGCCUUAGUCGUUCUACUGUAAACACACAUACUUUUUAUUUUGGAGCCAUUCUCUAUGUUUUGUUGUAUCCUGUUUAAGUAUAAGGAAAUGUAAUGUAAAGAAAUACUUAGAAUGAUUUAGUUUCUCUCCUGAGGAAUUAUUGUUCCAUUGACAGUCUUUUCUCUCCUGGGGAAUUAUUGUUCCAUUGACAGUCUUUUCUCUCCUGGGGAAUUAUUGUUCCAUUGACAGUCUUUUCUCUCCUGGGGAAUUAUUGUUCCAUUGACAGUCUUUUCUCUCCUGGGGAAUUAUUGUUCCAUUGACAGUCUUUUCUCUCCUGUGGAAUUAUUGUUCCAUUGACAGUCUUUUCUCUCCUGGGGAAUUAUUGUUCCAUUGACAGUCUUUUCUCUCCUGGGGAAUUAUUGUUCCAUUGACAGUCUUUUCUCUCCUGGGGAAUUAUUGUUCCAUUGACAGUCUUUUCUCUCCUGGGGAAUUAUUGUUCCAUUGACAGUCUUUUCUCUCCUGGGGAAUUAUUGUUCCAUUGACAGUCUUUUCUCUCCUGGGGAAUUAUUGCUCCAUUGACAGUCUUUCUAUAUCUUAAAAAUGUUUUGUAUAUCCUCUGAGUAAAACAUUUGGUUUAUUUCUGACCUUUCUAUAAUUCUACUUGUAAAGGGCAUUUCACCAUGGCAACGCUUAUUUUUUCUGGAACAAUCUUUGUAACAUUAGGGCAUUUAUAAUAUGUUUAGUUACCUCUAUUUGAAGACUAGGGGGAGUAACUCUGUGCUAUAUCGAUUUAUAGACAAAGACAAGUAACUUAGUUUAUACUACCUGGCUAAUACUGUUUCAGUAAUCGUGGUAAUGGAUCAGUAAUAUCAGUUAUAAGGCUGAACACAAACAUACAUCUUCAAUUAAAAAUACUGUAAAUUCAGAAACUAUUGCGUGCAUUUAUUAUUGCGAUUUUUCAAGAAUGGACAAAAAUGCGAGAUUAAUUAUUGCGAUAUCAUGAAAAUCUGCAUACAGAUAUAUGUAACAGACAUCAGAAUGCGAGUUCUUAUUAUUGCGUUAGUCACCCAGUCGCAUUAUUCGCAUUAAUAAAAACCUCGCAAUAAUUUCUGAAUUUACAAUAAGUUACAAUAUUACAGUUGUAUUUGAUACUUACAAAACAGAGCUUCUUCCCUUAGUAAUUCCUUCUAUAGAUAAGAUAUAGCGUUAACAGUUUGUAUACUGAAGUAAACUCAGGUUUUUAUUGAAUACUUAAUAUUGUGCCAUUUUUGUUUAUUUUGUCAUUGAUGAUAAUAUGGUCAAAGGGAGACAACUCCCAGAGUAAAGUUCAGCUUACAUGGAUUUUGUUAUUUCAACCUUUUAUAUAAUCAAAUUCAGCAUCACCACCUUGAAAAUACAUUGAGCUAUUGUAUUCAAUAUUUUUAGAAAUUUCAUGUUAAUUUGAGUGUACACAAGUGAAUGAGUCAAACUUUCUACUUGGAGUUGCCUCCCUUUGACCAUAUUAACAUCCAUUUGAGCUGUAGUAUAUCUAAGUGGUUUCAUAAUAAUACACACACAUAUGUCAUUCAAUAAAUGUAUCAGGAAUUAUAAACGACAGUUUGAAUAGGCAUGUAAUGUUUGCCACUAGAUAUUAAUCAACCAUUAAUCAUUAUAGAUAUUAAAGGCUAUGAUUUGUUCAGAUCUAAACAACAAGUUCUUGGUAUUGGAGACAUUUUUUACAUAUUAAGCAUCAGCCUAAAUAUGUUAUUUCAGAACCUGAUGCAUUCUGGGUAAUAUAUUUUUUUUUUAUAAAGUGUUGGAUGAUUCAGGUGGUUGUGAUGCAAAUAUGGUCAAAGGGAAGUAACUCCAAGAUUAAAAUAGAAAUUGGCUGGAAAAAAAAUCUAUUGUUUUAAUACACGUGUAUAAGAGUUAUUUGGAAAAAUAAUUAGUCAAGAAAUUUAAUACCUAAUAAUUGUUGAAUGAAUUGAUUGACUUUUAUGUAAGAUAUAUAAUUUUGAUGUUGUUUGUUAGAAGAUAGAACGUUUGAAAUAAUUAGAGUCUGAUUCAACAUACGCAAAUAAAUCUUUCAAUACAGAAAAUAAGUUUGCCCUUUUUUUUCAAAUUUUUUUUAAUGGUUAGAUGCUAUUUAGAAAUUUUGUUGAAAAAGUAUUCAGUGAUGAAGGGAGAGCUUAAUUACAUUAUAAAUUUGUUUUAAUAACUUUAUCGUGGACAUGGUGGGUAGACACAAACAACCAAUCGAAAUCAACAAGGUUCACAUUUUCAAUAAGACAUAAAUGAAGAAUUUGUCAACUUGUGUGUUGUAGAACUAUGAAAAUUCAACAAAGGGAAGUAACUCCAACAACAAAAUUAAAAGAACCACAGUUAUGAAGAGAUAUAAAAUUAAGUUUUAAUUUCGUAGUGCCAUUUCGUAAAAUCAUCUUGCGGUACAAUUGAUGCAGUUAAAUUUCACAAGUGCUAAUUUUUUUUAAUUUGUAUGUUCUUGAUACUCUGUUUGGCCUAGCCUUACAGUCAUAAAGAUUGUCGUACACCAACUCAGAUUGUCGUACACCAACUCAGAAAUCAACCAAUCAAAAUACUGGAUUUGGUAUUUUGAGCAUAAAAUUUGUCAAUAAUAAGCCAAAAUAAUGAAGAAAAGAGAAAAAUUUGGUGAUAAGGAAUAGAAAAUAAUGACCUACAAAAUUAAAGAUUGUAGAAAUGAAGACCCCAUUUAGAGCCUCAUUAAAAUAUAGAAUACACAAUGAGUGUAAGAAAGUUGUUUAUACAUGUGUGUUCUUUUUAUAGCAUUGUAUCAUUCAAAACUAUAAAAACCAUAAACUUCAGCAAAAGAUAUACAGUUUUACCUCAAAAUAUAUUUGUUAAGAUUUGAUUUGGAUUUAAGGGGGUACCUGACAAUGAACAUGAUGAAGGGAAAUAACUCUCUAUAGGUCAACAGAACGUUUUAAUAGCAGUGUAAAAUCAAAGCAUUUAGCAGCUUCACAUGUUACUUUUAGUUAUUUUGUUUUGAAUAUAUUUUUAGAAAAGAAAUUUUUAAACUUCAGAAUUUUUACAUUUAAAAAAAGAAAUUUUAAUGGUAGGGAUAGUUUUUAAAGAGGGUAGAAAUGGGGUGCCUUACCCCCACAUAACAAUUACGGGUAAAUUAUUUUUUUACUUUAACAAAAUUAUUUUUCUUUGUUUUGCGCCAACAAUAUCCUUAAAAAAUAUGAUUUGAGGAAUGACUUUACAUUUGUAGUCUCAUAUGAUCCUCAAGAUGACUAAAAGGAGGAGUUUGAUGCUCGAUAAAAACCUCAAGAUGGCUACAAGUGGGAGUUUAAUAAAUACUAUUCCUAUCAUUGUUAAAUACUCUUUGGUCAAGCCCCUCAGGUACCCCCUUGAUAAUGUAUAACUGUUAUGAUUGUAUGUUAAAGAGAUAAAUGAUUGUAUGUUUGUUUGUUGGUUAUGAUGUUAUAAGAGUAUUGUAGGUUGACUGUUUGUGUGACUGUUUGUUGGUAAGAUGUUAAAUAACUGUACACUGAUAUGUGUUAGAGUGGCUCUCUCUGACAAGAGUCGAAAAUAAAAAUACUAUUAAA